GUGGUUAAUAUUCACGCCUCUAGUGACAGUUGUUGUUGACUCGCCCCGUCAGCUUCCCGACCUCACCAAGUUCACUUCAGCAUUUCAGAAAAGUGCCUACAAAAUAUAGGACACUAAUAAUGGCGACGGGGAUUCCCCUGAGGCCUGUUGCCGAGGGGAAGUGGCCGAGGGCGGGUUGAAGCGGAGAAGCCAAAUCCUGUUAGCCGAAAGUAGCUCAACUCUGCAAGAUGCAUCGCACCGUCCUCGCCCUGGUAAACAUCUUUAUUUGCGGCUGUUUUGCUUCACCGCCGAAUUUCAUCCUCCUCUUUGCGGAUGAUUUGGGUUUCGGGGACCUGGGGUGUUACGGCCACCCCACCUCACUCACUCCAAACUUGAACCGCCUGGCGUCUGGAGGACUCCGCUUCACAGACUUUUACUGCACCAGUCCCGUGUGCAGCCCGUCCAGGGCAUCUUUGCUGACUGGGCGCUACCAGACCCGCUCGGGUAUCUACCCAGGAGUGUUGUACCCAGGCUCCAUAGGGGGUCUUCCACUGAAUGAGACCACCAUUGCUGAAGUGUUGAAACCCAUGGGCUAUGCCACUGCCGCCGUGGGGAAGUGGCACCUGGGAGUCGGGCCCAAGGGGAUGUACCUCCCAACCAAUCAGGGGUUUGACCAAUACCUAGGUAUCCCCUACUCCCACGACAUGGGUCCUUGCCGGAACCUGACCUGUUUCCCUCCAGACAUUAAGUGCUUCGGGUUGUGUGACGUUGGCGUUGUGACCGUCCCCCUGAUGCACAAUGAUGUCAUUAAGCAGCAACCAGUCAACUUCCUGGAUCUGGAGCGGGCGUACAGUGACUUUUCUACCAAUUUCAUCACCACAUCAGUCAAGAAGAAACAACCUUUCUUCCUCUACUAUCCUUCCCAUCACACCCACUAUCCCCAGUAUGCGGGUCCAGGGGCGGCAGGGCGCUCUCUGAGGGGUCCGUUUGGAGACUCUCUGUUUGAGUUCGACACCACGGUGGGUAACCUGCUGGCGACCUUGGAGCAGACAGGAGUGAUCAACAACACACUCAUUUUCUUCACCUCUGACAAUGGGCCUGAACUGAUGCGCAUGUCCCGUGGAGGUAACUCUGGCCUUCUUAAGUGUGGGAAGGGUACCACCUAUGAGGGCGGCAUGAGAGAGCCAGCCAUUGCCUUCUGGCCUGGGACCAUAAAGCCAGGUGUGACCCAUGAGCUGGCCAGCACUCUAGAUAUCCUGCCCACCUUCGCAAAGCUGGCAGGAGCCACAUUACCCCGGGUGCAGCUGGAUGGGGUGGAUUUAACGGGGCUCCUAGUCAACCGUGGAAAGAGUCAGAGGGAGGAGAUGAUCUUCUACCCCACCGAUCCCAGUGAAAUGUAUGGUCUGUUUGCUCUCAGGCUGGGAAAGUACAAGGCCCACUUCUACACACGUGGUGCCACCCACAGCGGGACCACCCCAGACAAAGACUGUCCAGUAUUCGCAGUCCUCAAGGCCCACGACCCCCCGCUUAUCUUUGACCUGGAAGCCGACCCUUCUGAGAACUACCCUCUCCCCCUCGUGGGCCGGCCCGACCUCCAAAAACUGCUGGACAGGAUCAUGAAGGUCAAGGCGCAGUUUGAAGCCUCCAUGGUGUUUGGAGAGAGCCAGAUAAACAAAGGGACAAGCCCUGAACUGGAGCCUUGCUGCAACCCUAGCUGCAGCCCCAAACCCAGCUGCUGCCACUGCUGAUGGGACAGAUUCUUAUAACGGCUAUUGUUGUGAAGAUGAGGUACUGCACUGCACUGAUCUGGCCCAAAAACUACCGAGAACAAAAUGUAAUGACAGAUAUUGCUGCUGCUUUUGAUGAUUGUUGAGUGAUGACUGUCAAAGAUGAAGUAGUUUGUGGGCAUUUAUGCAUUAAUUGACUUGAUGUUCAUAGUGAAACUGAAUCUGUGUUGCAAUUAACUGUUUCCUCAGUGAGGAGGAGGAGGGUGUGUGUUUUGAAUAUUUUUUUCUAUAUAUUAAUAUUGAGAGCUAAUGUUUGUGAUUGUGCCUUUUAGUACUUAAAUACUGAAUGAUCCUAAUCCUGGCUUGCCUACAUCUGUUGAUUUUCUCUUCAGUGAUUUUGAUAAUCAUAUCCAUUUGAAUAUACAUUCAUUUUUUUUGUAUCCACAUAUGAAAAUGUUUUUAGAACCCACGUCGACAACAGAAACAAUAAACAAACAGUCAUGAACAAUAAAGACAGAAAUAAUGUUUUUGGACAUCAAGCAUAUAUUUUAUUCAUAAGACCAAACCCAUGACAAGGCAGAGUGAUUUUUUUGUCAUUUUUUUUUCUUGGUUUUUCCUUUGAAUUUUACAAGUCCUUGUUUUUAAAGAUACAAGAUAGGAUAUGUUUGUUCUGUCACAUACUGAUUUGUUCUAGGUAUACAGUGAAGAAUCUUGUUUAUGUAAUAAAGUCAAAAGUUUGGUUUAA